AUGUCGUUCUCCGGCCGCCGCGUCAGUAUCCUGCGCCCCUCCAACCGGCGUUUCUCGCAAAGCAAGGGGCUUUCCGAGAACGAGCAACGGUCCGAGACUCAUCGCCAGUUCCGAACCGCCCAUGAGGGACACCGUCCCCACGCAGGCCUUGACGCUUCCCGUGCCUCCACCGGUGUUGUCUGGUGCACAGAGAGAGCCACUGAGCACGGAUACGCCGAGGAUCCCUCUGGCUGGGCCAACCUAGGCCAGGGUGCCCCAGAGGCCGAUGACGGGAUCGAGGGAAGCUUUCCCCGCCCGACGACGAUCCCUAUCACCUCUGCUGCUCGAGAAUAUGGUCCGACCGCCGGUAUCAAGCCGCUGCGUGCGGCCGUUGCACGGCUUUACAAUGAGCACUACCGCCAAGGAAAAGAGAGCCAGUAUACCUGGGAGAAUGUCUGCAUUGUGCCUGGUGGACGCGCGGGGUUGAUCCGAAUUGCGGCCAUUCUGGGCAAUUCGUAUCUUUCCUUCCCCAUCCCCGAUUACUCCGCGUACUCGGAGAUGCUGUCGCUGUUCAAGAACAUUGCCCCCAUCCCCAUCCCGCUGUCUCAGGAUGACCACUAUCACAUCCAUCCCAACAAAAUCGCCGAGGAGAUUGCGCGUGGCACCCAGGUGUUGUUGACCUCGAACCCUCGUAACCCCACUGGGCACUUCGUGUCGCAUGAUGAGCUGGCCGAAAUCCAGGACAUCUGCCGUGACCGCGCGACUCUGAUCCUCGACGAGUUCUAUGGCGGCUACAACUACACCACCGACUGCGACGGUAGCACGAUCAGUGGUGCCGAGCAUGUGGUCGAUGUCAAUCAAGAUGAUGUGCUGCUGAUCGAUGGGUUGACCAAGCGUUUCCGUCUCCCGGGCUGGCGCAUCGCGUGGAUUGUCGGACCCAAGGAAUUUGUCGACGCCCUCGGCUCUGCCGGUUCCUACCUCGACGGCGGUGCCAAUGUGCCCUUCCAAGAGGCCGCCAUUCCCAUGCUCGAGCCUUCGCUCGUGCGCACCGAGAUGAAGGCUUUGCAGGCACACUUCCGUGAGAAGCGUGACUACGUCUUGAAGCGCCUGUAUGACAUCGGCUUCCGCAUCCAGGACGUGCCGCAGGCCACCUUCUACAUCUGGCUGGACCUGACCUCGCUGGAUCCGCCACUGCCGGCCGAGGCCAAUAUCUCCGACGGGCUGAAUUUCUUCAACGCCCUCCUGUCCGAGAAAGUCAUCGUUGUGCCCGGAAUCUUCUUCGACUUGAACCCGGCCAAGCGUCGGGACUUGUUCGACAGCCCUUGCCACCACUUUGUGCGUCUCAGCUAUGGACCCAAGAUGGAGGUGCUGAAGAUGGGUCUCGACGGUAUCGAGCGCGUGAUCAAGCGUGCGCGCGAGACGGUCCACGCGGAGUGGGAGGAUGAGGUUGCUAUUCAGGAUGAAUAG